UAAUGGAUCCUUAAUGAAUUAAUGGAUUCUUUUGAUUCAUAUCCAAAUUCAUCAAAUCAAUCCCUUUUACCACUCUUCUCUCUAACUGAAUGGUUUAAGUUAAAGCAAGCAUAACAAACAACGUAGCGAACAAAAACUAUGCUACAAUUGUAUCAUACUGAGAAACAUGGUUUUGUUUGAAAAUCAUAAUAAGCACUUAAUUGAUAGUGUGUGUGCAAUUGUUGUGAAGGGUAAUUGGAACAAUCUCUUAAAACUGAAAAUUGCUUCUACUCUCACUUCCACCACCAUUCACCAAGUAAUCUUGCACCUCAGACAACAUGGUUAUGGACCCUUUUUUAUCUUCCAAUUCUUCAAAUGGGUUCACUCUAUUCCACACUAUACUCAUUCCUUACAAUGUUCGUGGUCCAUGAUUCACAUGCUCACAAAACACAGCCAUUUCAAAACUGCACAACAGGUGCUUGAUAAAAUGGCUCAGAAGGAAAUGCUUUCAUCACCUUCAGUUUUGACCUCUUUGGUGAGGAUUCAUGAUGACCCAGAAGUUAAUUCCCAUGUUUUGAGUUGGGUUGUGAUACAUUACGCGAAGUCGAAGAUGACCCAUGAUGCAAUUCAGGUUUUUGAGCAGAUGAGUUUGUUUAAAUUCAAGCCUCAUUUGCAUGCUUGUACUGUGCUUUUGAACUCUUUGUUGAAAGAUGGGAUUACUAAUGUGGUGUGGAAGGUUCAUAAAAAAAUGGUUCAAGAUGGGGUUGUUCCUAAUAUCUAUGUUUACAAUUGUUUAAUUCAUGCUUGUUCGAAAUCGAGAGAUGUGGAUAAGGCAGAAAAAUUGCUGAAUGAGAUGGAAGGAAAGGGUGUGGUUCCUGAUAUUUUCACAUACAAUACUUUGAUAGCUUUGUAUUGCAAAAAGGGUAUGCAUUAUGAGGCUUUAUCGGUCCAGGAUAAAAUGGAAAGAGAAGGAAUAAAUCUUGAUAUUGUUAGUUAUAAUUCUCUUAUUUAUGGCUUUUGCAAAGAAGGUAGGAUGAGAGAAGCUAUGAGGAUGUUCGGUGAAAUCAAAAGUGCCACUCCGAAUCAUGUGACGUAUACUACAUUGAUUGAUGGUUAUUGUAAAACGGAUGAACUGGAGGAAGCUUUGAGAUUGCGUGAGACGAUGGAGGCUAAGGGAUUGUACCCUGGCGUUGUUACUUAUAAUUCGAUUUUGCGGAAGCUGUGUUCAGAUGGCAGAAUUAGGGAUGCAAAUAAACUCUUGAAUGAGAUGAGUGAAAGAAAAAUCCAAGCUGACAAUAUCACAUGUAACACAUUGAUUAAUGCAUAUUGCAAGAUAGGAGAUUUGAAUUCUGCCUUGAAAUUUAAAAACAAGAUGUUAGAAGCUGGACUAAAGCCUGAUCCCUUUACAUACAAAGCACUGAUUCAUGGAUUCUGCAAAACGAGUGAACUUGAAAGUGCCAAGGAACUAUUGUUUGUCAUGCUUGAUGCUGGAUUUUCUCCAAGUUAUUGCACUUACUCUUGGAUUGUAGAUUGCUAUUGCAAAAAAGACAAUACUGAUGCAGUUCUAGCACUGCCAGAUGAGUUUCUGAGUAAAGGGUUUUGUCUUGAUGUUUCAGUUUAUAGGGCAUUAAUAAGAAGGUUAUGCAAGAUAGAAAGGAUUGAAUGUGCUGAGAAGUUGUUAUAUCAUAUGGAAGGGAAGGGAAUUUCCGGCGAUAGCAUUAUCUACACUAGUCUCGCUUAUGCCUACUGGAAAUCAGGGAACACAAAUGCUGCCUCAAAUAUGUUAGAAGAGAUGGCUAGGAGGAUGUUGAUGAUCAAUGCCAAAAUCUAUAGAUGCUUUAGUGCUCCUGAUGGUAGUGAAACCAAAGUGUCACAGAUGUUUUGGGAUCAUGUGGUGGAAAGGGGUCUGAUGUCAAGAAAUACAAUGUAUAAAAUACAACAAAUGCUGAUAUGAUAUGACGAUAAUCCUGCUUAUUUAAAAGAAGAUUUUUGCUUAAAUUGUAGGCAAUGUAUUGCUAAUGUAAUUUUUUAAGGCUAAUCAAAUGAGUUGUCUUAAAAUUCAUGGUUUGGAUGAAAAUCAGGAAACAUUUUUAAAAUUAAUGUAAUUUUACUGAGUAUUUGUCUAUAAAAUUAGGGGAUUUUAAAUACCAUCUUGUAAGAGAGAAUUUUAGAUUUCCCACUCUUCUCCCUCUUUCGUGCGUCUCCCGCGAUGCUUCUCACUCGCUCGAGCUUCUCUGUCACCCAUGCUUCUCUAUCAGUUCCUAUUGUCUCUCGAGCUCUCUCUUUUAUUGUUCUUCUCUCUUUGUCUGUGAGACUGUCCUUCUCUUUUCAUCUUAGAUCUUCCUUCUCUCUCGAUCUCAGUUCGUUCUUCUUUCUUGUCGCUUUUUACAGAAUUAAAUCCAUCAAGGUAGAUUAUGAUCUAGGUUUUGCAGAAGAAACAUGACAAUCAAAAUGUAUGUAUUUAAUUCAUUAGUUUCAGUAUGAUCCAAUUAGCGCUGUGUUUUUAUUCUUUGGAAGCUUUUGGAAUCUGAAUCUUCAGUCAUUUCAUCUAUGUUAGCUUCAGUUUUGAUUCUUGGGGAGUCUGCUUCUUGAUUUCAACUUUGUUUCUUAUCCGAGGAUAUCGAUUUUAGGCCUUCAAUCCAUCCAAGGGAAAUGCUGGUGAAAGUUAACUCUAUUGUUGAAUCAUAUUAUCGUUGCAAUUUGCAACUUCUGCAUAGUGUCAAGAACAAAUACUAUUUGGGAGGAGAAACUACCCUCUAGUCUGUGAUAUAGCAUUCUACUCAAGAUAUUAAAUUAGAUAUCUAAGUAGAGAUAGAUUAACGAGAAGUAAAUCUGAUAAAAUCGAAAGUUAGUCCAAUGUUGUUAAAUAGUAGCUAUAGUGUGGCGGAAUUUGAACUGACUGUUAUUUUCCGCGAUCUGCAACUGACAACACUGAGUCAUUUAAGUGGUUGAGGUUGGUCGCAGUGGAAGGAAAACUUUUAUAUAUAAUGACCACUGUAUCAAUCUACUAAGCAAUGAAUCAUUCAAUUAUUCUAAUUCAGUAAUAUAGUCUUCUGAAUAUAUGAUAUGAUAAUGAUAAUUUCUUACAAUGAUAAUGCUUAAAAUCAAAAGAGAGAAGAUGCCCCAGAACAAAAAAAAGAACUAGGGCAAUUAGUGAGCUAAACUUAAACUGUUACAGACAAUCGUAAGAAAACAUUUGUAUAACAAAUAAAUAGCACUGCAUGGUACAAGUUAGAAAAACAAUGAUAGCAUAAUUUUAGGCAUUGGAGUCGGCCAAUCAUUGAGUUCAUAACUAACGGAAAGCUCUGCUAUGCCAACCACACAAUCAUCCCCAUGCAAAAAGGUAUUUUUUUGCACAGGUACUGUCCAGUUCCAAGUUACAUAAAUUAUUUGUUUAUUUAUUUAUUUAAUAACUUCUUUAAACUCUUCUAUGGUUCCUUUUGUUAUUCCUUUCUAUAUAAGUAUAUCAUAUGAUUUUGGUUUUACUCACUCUUCUCAUAUAAUACGACAUAUAUAUAUAUAAGAAAUGUUGUUUCAACAAUCUAUUAUUGACAAAUGAAUGAGUAAACAAAACAAAGCAAGUCAACACCCUUCUGUUUAAUGAAUUCACCAGAAAUUUCCAGGAAGCACUCGUCGGUUUAUUUAUUGAUUAGGUAGCCCACCUUCAUUGACCAAAAACUACAUUUUCUUAAACUAUUCAUUAUGUUAAAAUAAAGGAAUAAACCACUGGUGAUAUUAGUAAGUAGAAUAAAACCCAAUUGCAUAAAUUAUAUUGUUCCUUUCUGUUACAUAUGAUUUUUGUUUUACUCACAUUUCUCAUAUAAGACCUGUUUAUUGUACAUCGCUUCUUGCUUUUACAUUAUAUUGGAAAUGAUGUUUGAACAUUAAAUAUGAUGUCCCUUUGUUUUUGUGGGAUAUUUUCGAAAUCCGUAUUUGGUGUAUAAGCUGAAAAGUAAGUGAGAUAGAGUUAUACGGUGUCAAAUAAAGAGUCCAAAUCUGGUAUUUAGAUAACAUAACUGAUAUUAUAUAACGUUUAGUUGAUUGGUUACUCAUAGCUAAGUCAAUAGUCAUCCACCUUAUAUACAACUUGCAUUUCCUUGCUUUGUUAGCUCAUUCAACUUUCAUUGGGUUUAUUUAUUGAUUAGGUACCCCAUCUUCAUUGACCGAAACCUUCAUAUGCUUAAACUAUCCAUUUUGUUAAGUAAAAAAGAAUAGAACACUCAUACAAGUAACCGAAUAAACCCACUUGCAUAAAUUAGAUUGAUUCUAAAAAUACUUUUUGAAUUCGUCACUUUCACUAGCAUGAAAACCAGCUAGUAUAGGAGGUUUCUAUAUAUAUAAUAAAAGAUAGCUGGAGAUGUUGCUACAUGGCGCAACUUGGAUAACGAAAUAUGUUUUGUUAAUAGUAUGAUAUGAUAUUAUACCUUUAUCUUCUUGGGAAGACUCGUCAAUAUUGGUUGGCCGACUAUCAAAAUAAAAAAUGAUGCUUAACAACCAUGCAAAGCAAAUCCUAUCAUUUAGACAAUAGCUCAUCAGUAUUAGCUUGCUCUAUUGCAUUGAGUCAACUGCACUUUGCAUUUGAAAUCCUUUCUCGAUUAGACAAGUGUCACAAAAAUUGCCAUCAACAUCUUUGUUGGUUGAUCCUGUUAUUUAUGGUAGAGAUGUUGACAAGGAGUUUAUUAGUAAUUGGCUGACAAGUGAAGUAUGGGACUUUCCACUUGAGGAGAGCAACAUCAUCCCUGCUUUAAUAUCGAGCUAUCAUCAGCUUCCUUCUCAUCUCAAGAGAUGUUUUGCUUAUUGUGCUUUAUUCCCUAAAAAUUAUUUGUUUAAAAAGGAGCAUUUGAUUUUAUUAUGGAUGGCUGAGAAUGUUCUGCAAUGCCCUCGACAAAGUAUGAGUAUGGAAGAAGUUGGUGAACAAUACUUCAAUUAUCUAGGCGAUAUGAAAUGCAUUUCAUCAUGCAUGACCUUCUGAACGAUUUGGCAAAAUAUUUAUGCUUCACAGUCAAAGAUGAGGAAUCAUAGGAAAACUACAUGUAGGUUCCAAAAGAAAGUACACCUUUUGAAGCUAGAGUUAGAAUGGAAUGCAAACAGUGAUAAUUCAAAUAAAGAAAGAGAAGUGCUUGAGAAGCUACAACCUUCUGAACACUUGAAGGAGUGGUUAAUCCGGAGCUAUGGAGGUACACGAUUUCCAGAUUGGUUUGGAGAUAAUUCGUGGUGUCUUUAAAUUUGAACAAUUGUGAAAGUUGUGUUGUUGCCUCCACUUGGAAUUUUGCCAUCUCUCAAGAAACUAAGGAUCGUAGGGCUAUCUGGGAUAGUGGUGAUUGGUAGUGAGUUUCAUGGGAAUGGGAGCAACUCUUCUUCUGGUAUUAUUCCAUUUGCAUCCUUGAAAACUUAAGAAUAUGAAGGGAUGGGAAGAAUGGCAUUGUAAAAUUGUGACUGAGUGCUUUUCAGCUGCUACAAAAUCUUUUCAUAAAAAAUUGUCCGAAUCUAAAAGAGUGUUUGCAAACAACUUGCAGCUUCUGUUUCAUUGGCUCCAUCUAAUUAGUUGUGGAAAGCUGCAUUUUGAUUAUCAGUCAUCUACUCUGACAAUUCUCAAGAUUGGUGAAUGUUGCUUGGAAGGAUCGUUGCUUGAAUGGGCUGUUGCUACAAUUUCCUUCUAUCAUUGAACAUCACUAGUAGCUGUGACUCUCUCAGGACCUUUCCGCUAGAUUUCUUCCCAAAACUUCAGACUCUCAUAUUGCUGAGGUGUAGUAAUCUUGAGAUGAUUUCUCAGGAGCAUGAGCAUGAUUAUAGCCUUACACGUAUCACAAUUGGAGAUUAUAUUAUUACUUUCAUUGAAAAUAUUAGAUCAAGUCUCAUACAUGUUUUUGGUAUAUCGCAUGAACUGUUGCAGAUUUAGAUUACCAUAGUAUAUUUACUUGAAUUUGUGCCCCCUUUUCCAAAAGAGUUUUUUUUUUUUUAUCUGUUUUACAUGCAGCAAUUGCUGUUAUCAUUAUGCCUUUACUCAAUUAAAUUCAAAUCAAAUUUGUUGCUUGUAUUUACUAUUUAGUGUUCAUGUUUGACGAUGUUUGGGGCACUAGAAAAAUGGUGAAAAUGUAGUUAUAGGACUAAUGGAUUGAUGAGCUAAAGUUCUUUCACUUUUAAAUAUAUUUCUUGAUAAUAUAAAUGUGCUCUGUUAGUUCUAAAA